AUGGAAUUUACUUUCAACUCAGAACAUUUUAUGAGACAUCAAGUCUCAAAUUUGUACCCCUCUCCUCAAGAAUUUUUAGAAUCUGUUCACGAAUUAGUGGACCUUCCUCAAAAAGUAAUGAAUUCCCCUCCAAAUUCUUUUCAAGAAUUAAUAGACUCCCCUCAAGAAACAUUAUGUGAUGAAACGUGUGAUGAAAUGCGUGAUGAAAUGCGUGAUGAAAUGUGUGAUGAAACGUAUAAUGGAACAUAUGAUGAAGUGCAUGAUGAAACAUAUGAUGGAGUGCAUGAUGAAACACAUGAUGAAGUGCAUGAAACCCAUAAAGGACAAGAUUUGGUUGGAAUUAAUGGCGCAUUACCUCACAUUAACAAAGCAAUCGUAUUCGCCAUUGAUGAUACUUUUCCUAACUGGUCAAUUGCAGAACAUUAUGUUGCUGAAUAUGGCCGUCAAAAAGGAUUUGUACCAAUUAAGAUACGUAAUAAAACUGAUCGUAAUGGACGUUUAAUAAACCUGUAUUAUAAGUGUGAAUUUAGUGGAACAUAUCAACCAAAGAAAACUAAUAACUUACAAAAUCAACAUAAUAAAGGUUCUAAAAAACUUAACUGUAAUUGGAAAGUUAAUUUGUCAUUUGCAACUGGUGUAGUUCAUAUCACUCAUUUUAAUGAUAACCAUGUUGAGCAUCAACUUUCACCAGAUACCAAAAUUUUUGCUCCUGUAAAUCGUCGAUUCUCUGAUAAUUGUCGCGAAGAAAUUCGCCAUUUAACAGUAAAUGGUCGGUGUGACCUGUCGACAAUACGAUCUCUUCUAUCUGUUAAAUACCCCGACCAGCUUUUCUUAACACGUGAUCUUGCAAAUGUUGUGGCUCAGUUACGACGAGAACAUAAUGUGGAAGGAAGUGAAGCAUCACAGCUUUUAAAACAACUUUAUGAAUAUAGAGAAAAGGAUCCUAAUUGGUAUAUUGAACCCUUAGACCAAAUUAAUUAUAAUGAUAAUCUUGUUUUACAGACUGUUUUUCCACAAGUCGUUCAACAAAUAAAUAAGUAUUUAACACCAAAUUUAGCAACUGAGCAACAAAAGCAGAUAGUUCAAUCAACUAUCUACCGGGCUCAAAUAUUAAACUCGUGGAAUUCUGAUUUAUUAAAUUUACAAGACGUUACAUAUGAUGAUGAUUUUAUUGAAAACACAUAUGAUGAUAAUAUAACUGAAUCUGAACGUGCUCAAGAACCAUUUUUAACAUCAAAUCGAAAUACCGAAUUAGCAAUGAUUACACAUCAAUUAUGUAAUGCAACAAACGUGAACUUACUUAGAAUCGAUGAUGUCCAGGAAAAUAGCUUUCAAAAAUCUGUAGACAAGAAGCUUCAAUUUAACAAAUCAAUGAGUCUUGCAAAGAAGGCUAUUACGUUACAGAAUAGCGAAAAUGAUAAUGAAUUAGAUACUCUCUUGAAAAAUUACAUUGAAAAAAAGACUCUUCAACGUGAAAAAGAAACUAAAGAAAGAGAAAUGAGAAUUCUUAGAGAGAACCAUAGUUCAGAAAACGUUUUAGCCAUAGAAACUGAUGAUAAUCAACUAAUUUCUAUUGAUAAUGUUGCUAAUCCCUUAAAUCAUAUUGGAAAAGGGGCUCCAAAGAAGAAUCGUAUUAAGGGUGCACAAGAAGAUUAUACAUCAAAAAAAAAAGCUAAAUCAGGUGCAAGCACAAGACUAUGUGGACUUUGUCAUGAACCUAAUCACUAUAAGAGCACAUGUCCACAAAAAAAAUCCAAUCUAGAAAAGUAG